GUCUUUCUAAAAUAUUCAACAUCGACGUAUUUCACCAACCAUCAUUCGUUAAGCUACGCUAGCAUCUACCUGAGUAGUUAUCUUAGGAUAUCUUCUCAUCAAUCCCGCAUCCUUUCUCUCGUUUGCUUUGACUGGGUAUAGUAUCGACCGCCUGCCAUGUCCAAUUGGCCACCGCCUACUUUGCAUCCAGCAGCCAAUGGAGUGGGACAUGGGCUAGAAAGGGAUGGUAUCGAACUUCAGGACCUCAACCCUGACGUACGUGUUGGCGUGCCUAUUGACGUGCCUAGUGAGGUACACCCUAUCCCAGCCGUCCAUCCGCCAGUCCUUUCACCGCCAAACCCCCCGUCAAAUCAGGAGUCGCCGCCGCCGCCCAGUUAUACAACGCUUUCCGAUGAAGACCAAUCCUUGAAAAAAAUUAUUCCUCAACGUCUCGAUGGAGCCUUUGUACCGUUCCUCUUCCUUAUGGGGUGCUGUCUUCAACUUGAUCGCCUACUCUUCUUCCUCUGCCAGCCGUACUUUGAGAGAAUCUUGGGGCUCACUGAGGCGGAUUUCAAGUUAGCUGCAUUUGUCAAAGAAAUUGCCUAUUUUGCAGCCCAAGUCCCCUCGAACCUGAUUCUGAGCAUGCUCGACAAACCAGCAACUUAUCUUUGCGUCAUGCUAUGCUUUUGGGCUGCAGUUCAGAUACGUCUAAGUUAUGAAUAUACCCUCGGUCAUGUUUGCGCCUGUUGCGCAUUAUUAGGUGUAUUCGAAUCGGCCUUUUUCCCUGGCUUUUUGCAUAUCCUGUCUUGUUAGUACACUCCCAGGGAAAUAAGCAAGAAAAUGGCCGUUUUAGUCAUUGCAGGACCAGUUGUUCGUGCUAUCGUGGCCCAUGCUCUUGGUUCAGACUUUCCCGAUUCUGGAUCCGAUCUCGCCCCUAUUGGUGCAUCGGGAAGGAUUAGCCUAGGCUAUGAAUAUUAUCUGAGAAUAUCUGGAAUGUUUGUUCUUUUAGCCGCUUUA